CCGCGAUUUCAUUCAGUACACCGACGACCGUAGUGCCGGUAAGAUCGACUUCGAAUUCCCUUCUUCAUUCGGUGUCCCGUAGACGACUUUCGCGCAAGUUGUAUACGCUGUGCACACCUUUCUAUCCGUGUUCCUCCGUACACCGGGGACGCGAGUGAAUUCUCUAACGGGAACUCCACGCCGGAACAACUGUUUGCUACUUCCUUUUCCACCGAUAGAACCACCGGAUUUACGAACAGAUUUCAGAUAAUCUUGAAACUCGCGAGGACGUCAUUCGACCGUAGCAACGCCCUUCCUUUCUCCCCGAAGGGAAGAUAGCACACACGCGUUGGAAGCGAGCUAUGACAUCCUGAUCGAUCGUCUUCGAAUCCCAGAAGAGAGCCGCGGAAACGCAUUACGUUCGGCACGGUUUUAGAAAAAAAUUCGUUCUUGGCGAAAAACGCGAGAGCCAUGUCGUUCCUCAGAUCCGCCGGGGAUCUGAUCGGAUUUCUGAUCCUGACCGUAGUUUGCAUCUUCGAGACGAUCAUCAAGAUGUUCAUCCCGACCAAAUACAAGAUGAAGAGCAUCGCCGGAGAGAUCGCUCUCGUUACGGGAGGUGGUGGAGGUCUAGGGAGGCUAAUAGCUCUUAGGCUAGCCAAUCUUGGCGCCAUCGUAGUCAUCUGGGACGUUAAUAAGGCCGGCCUCGAGGAGACGGUGAAGCUGGUACAAACCGCAGGUGGCACCUGUUACGGUUACGCUUGCGAUUUAUGCGAUCGAGAGGAUGUUUACAAGAAGGCAAAAAUCGUCGAGAAAGAAGUUGGAAAUGUGACAAUUUUGAUAAACAACGCUGGCGUGGUGAGCAACACGAAGUUUCUGGAUACGCCGGACAAACUCAUUAUCCGAACGAUGGACGUGAACGUGAUGAGCCACUUUUGGACGACGAAAGCGUUUCUGCCUGCUAUGAAGGAGAGUAACCACGGACACAUCGUUAGCAUCGCCAGCUUGGCCGGGCACAUUGGGGUGCCGAUGUUGGUGGAUUAUUGCACAUCCAAGUUCGCAGCUAUCGGAUUCGAGGAGGCCCUUCACAUGGAGUUGGCGGCUGAGGGUUACAACAUCAAGACGACGGUGAUAUGCCCGUUCUUCAUUCGAAGCACCGGCAUGUUCGGAGACGUGUCGCCCAGAUUCGUGCCGAAGCUCAGCCCGAACGAAGUCGCGGAUAGAAUCAUUACGGCUAUCAGGUGCAACGAUAAAAUAGCAGUGGUUCCUGGUUACCUUUACAUCCUGCUCGUUUUGAAAUGGGCCUUCCCAUGGGCCUGCGCGGGCAUGUUCAUACGAGGUUUAAUGUCAAACUCCACGAGUUGCAAUAAUUCACCGAAACAGGUCGAGAAACCAAAAGCCGAUGAGAUCAUUCCCACCAAAAUAUCCAAGGACUUCGAUACCUCGGUUAUCCAUCAAGAACUGACUAGACGUAUUUCCAGUUCCGAGAGGAAACCCUAAUUCAUAUCUAAAAUGUUAGUGUCCACGAUUUAACAGAUAGAUACGCAUGUAAGUAAUUUAAGAGAAAAACUCGGAGUACGUAACGAUCAUUGCGAAACGCGCAACAAAAAACUGGUUUCUAGAGGUAUACGCCUUAACAUCGGCUGCGCGCGAAUGCGCACGGCCAGCGCGGCGGAAAGGUCUCCAGACUAAAUGAAUGCGCGGGUGCUAAAUCCACUUGAAAAGGUCGACCAAAUCUUGUGGAACCCGAUUCGCCGGUUUGUUUAUCCUCCAGCGCGCACCAGAUAAUAAAAAGGACCUUUCCAAGUGGAUUUUUGAUUGAUGCGCUGCCGCGCAUUGCAUAGAUCUGUAGUCGGCCUUACAACUUGUAUUAUGUAGAACGUGUCGAAGAAAAAAGCUGUUAUUCAUAGUGGUGAAUCGUUACGCAAAAAUUAAACGGAUCUCGUUGAACGAGAAGUGGAAAGUGUUAGAAUUAUAUUUCACAGGGACACGUAUCUGAUUGAGAAACAGCAAUUAAGGUUUUUUAAGAGCCCAAAGUUCUCUUUGCGGAGCGGAGGCAGCGUUUGCAGAAUGUACAAAUGAAUAAAACAAUAGUAUACGCGCCUCUGCGAUGUAGGAAACAGUGACGCGAGUGAAUAUAUUUUUUAAGACACGCGCUGGAACUUAAUCGUGAUCGAGCGCAGCACAAUUUCAAUUUAUCGUAAUGAGGUUCCACAUUUAGUUAUUUCAGCGGUACGAGUAAGAAACACUGGGUCCAAACGACGCAGGUACAAUUUUUGUAAUCGGUAUGUGAUACGAGUAAUUGUAUGUACUGUAAGAUAGGGAUAGCGUAAGCAUCUAUUUUCAUUUGCAAUUUUUUUCAACAUUGUGGUUGCAGAGAAGAAUAAACAAAAGUAUGUACAUAUAUUUAUCGAGACCGAAUGUAAUAAAAUCGACGAGUUGUCCGGCGGACAAUUCGCAACAAAUCGUCAUGCAAGGGAAAUAAAGUCUGUUGUGUAA